AUGCACUCAUGCGCGACUACCAUUCCUGACUCCGACGAAGGUGAGCCCGUCCAAAUUGGGAAGUCACAGUGCUUACCACUCCCGCUUCUCUCUGCUUCCUCACUUCCAGUCCACCUCAACUCCACCCUUCCCAACGUCUCUUCUGAUCCCAUCGUAUCUCGUCCCCUCUCCCUCCGCCUCUAUACGGAUGGUCACAUCCGCAGCUGCAAUCAGGCACAACCCAAGGCCGGUUCUCAAAUUCGCGGCCCGACCGUCAAGAUGCCGAAGAACAUGAUCAACCUCAAUUCCCUGCCAUUGGGCGACAUGCCUGAUGGUGGGCUGACUACCCGUCCGGGUGAUAAUAUCACGAUCAGGGAUAGGGUUAUCAUCUAUGAGACGAUUGAGAAUGGGAAGAAGGUGGUGAAGCUGUAUAGGCAAGAUAACAGACCACAGCAGAUUCAGCCAGUAGCCCAACAACAAAGCGAGAAGCAGAAUAGGAAGAGGGCUGCAACUCCGGAUACCGAUCGACUUGUGAGGAAACGACCAAAGCCGUCAAGAGGAAGUGGUUCUCAACUCACUGCCGAGCAAGAACGACGACGGAUGGAAAUCAACACAGAGUCGAAAAGACUUGGAGUGGAGAAUGCCGCAGUCAGCCAAGAAUAUGCCGCCAUCAAGCUGCUCAAGCAUCUAAAUCCGCUGAAUCCCGAGGUUGCCCGUCGAACGGCUCUUAAUAAAGCACGAGCGACAGAUAUCAAUAGACGUGGAAAAGAAAACGGCGACAGGCGCCGAGCAUUGAAGCUUGAGCUGGAUCCUGAAAGUGGAGGCAAAAGAGAAGAUGAGCAGAAGAGAGCCUAUUUGAGCGACACGAAGGCGCACGAAAAGGACUUCGAAUACUUUGACAGCUGUUCGAAUAGCUCUCGCAUCUCUAACAACACCACGUUAACCAAUGAACACAAUUCCAAUCCAAGCAUAUUUAGAUACAAUGCUACAAGCAUGGACUCAACCACUGCCGUCCAAGACCGAUUUCGACAAUCGUAUGCCAGUGCCCCAGGAUGCCCGACUCAUCCGUCAAGCUUCCAGACUAAGUUGAUAGAAUAUGCUACUCCUAAUAGGACUGCUCUUCCUGAGAACAAAAUCCACCCUGCGCGUCUUUCGUUGAUGAAAUCCGAUUUCCAAACCCCCGUAUACACUUCGACGGAGCCAAAAGUCUUGAUGAAGGUUACAGGCGAGAAUAUGGUUCCGAUUGCAAGGCCGAGGAUUGCAGAUAGACAAGCAAAAGUACCCUUGAAGCAUGAGGCAGGAGCACCCAAAUCGGAAACGAUACACGAAGGAGCAUCAAGCCAUAUAGAUCAAUAUGUGAAGAGUCAAGAACCUCACAGAGAUGCCCCUCCUAUAGGGCAACAAAGCCUGGUCAUUUCCAGUUUGCUAGACGAGCAGAUCGAAAGGUUCAAUCCAGAUGACGCGGUGGCUUGGUUGGAUGCAAACAUAUCACUGAAAGGAGAAUCUUCUUUUGAUACGAAUGUUCUGGCACAAGUACAUGGCCUACCCGCGUCUGGUCGUCAAACCAUUCAAGAAGUUUUGAAGCCCAGAUGCGUCGAAACUCGUUCCACCGAACAAGCUCACGGCAUAAAUAUCAUUACCAAGUUAGGACUACAACCCUACUACGGCGGUGAAGAAUUCGCAUAUGACUGUGGGAAUUUCAAGCUUUCCCCAAGUCCCAACGUCCCCAACAUUCAUCCGAAUGAUAUCAAAAUCAAGAAGGAGGCUAUUGAUCCCCAUGCUUCCGAAGAGGACAGGGAUGUUUAUGUUCCAAUCCAGAGAGACCUGAUCCUUGGGUACGAUAGAGAGUUAGAAGAGAGCCACGGAGGUAACAUGGCCAUUAAGCAGGAGCCACAUCCUGAACAUCAACAUGCUGCCACACGAAUACAAAUUGAAAAUGUCGCCAUCAAAAUGGAGCCCGAUGAAGAUGAGGAAGCCCUGUCAUGUAUAGGAGCUUAUGUUGAGCCCAAGAAAGUCGCGGAAUAUAUAGACGCUCCGUCACCUAGGAGACAAGUACUUGGAGAACGAAGUAUUAAUACGAUCACCAUUCCUCAAGAUGAGACUGUACAGGAGAUGGAUUAA